GCUGUGUUAAACACCAAAAUAUCACAAUACAAAAACAACAAAGGAUAUCCGUGAAAUCGCCGGGAAAAAUAUAACGAAAAUAUAUUUUGAUUCUUGAACAAAAACAAAAAACGGUAUAAAACUUAACGCGUUUCACAAGACAACAAUAAAAAAGCUGAAACGUAUAAAAAGCGAAUAACCAACAACUGCAGCAACAAUCAAAAGUUUAUACGAAAAGCGUGUUUGUGCGUUCGUUGCCGCUUGAUAAAAAUGUGUACAAAAUUCCAAAAGUGCAAAUUUAUUUAAAUCACUCCGCAGUGCUCAACGUUCAAAGUUAACAAACAAACAAAUCAAAUAGGAGAAAAUAAAAAGCAAACUUAAACUGAAAUAUAUAAGUUUCCCAGAGUGGAACCAAAUACGGCAGCCCAAUUCAAUUUGUUGCGCCAAAACCAAAGAGCAAAAACAAAUUGCAACCUGUAGCUCGGGCUUCGGCUUUGAUUUGGGUUUUGAUUUUGAAUUCGGCUUUUGUGCAAACAAGCCGGAAGCCAAUCCCAGAUGCAAUUGUUUUGAACCGCAGCUGAGUCGAGCUCUUACCUGUUAGACAACAAAUCAAACGGCCGUUCCAGCAGCGAACUAGCUAAAAUAUGUGGUGCAUUGUCAACUUGCCCAACGGCACCCAGCAAGCCGUCAAGUGGGAUCCCAAAGCCAAUGGUCAGGAAUGCUUGGAGAAGGUCUGUCGCGCCUUGAACAUCAUCUGCGAGAUGGAGUACUUCGGCCUGGAGCACUGGACGCCCAACCAGAAAGAGUCGCAGACGCGUCAGUGGAUCAACCUGCGCAACCGGCUGUCCGGCGAUAGCGGAAGCAGCAGCGGUGGCAUCCAGUUGAUGCUGGCCCUGAGGGUCAAGUUCUGGGUGCCAGUGCACUACAUCCUGCAGGAGAGUGUGAGGAAUCUGUUCUACAUGCAGGCCAGGAGGGAUCUUCUGGAGGGUCGGCUAACUGCGCCGGAUUGGUGUGAAGCGGCCAAGUUGGCGGCUCUACUGUGCCAGGCGGAUGGACUGCGGUUCAAUGAGUCAUCUCUAAGGGCCGACUGUCCCAUGAGGAUGAGGCGGGAGCUGGCCCAGCAGCAGCAGCAACAACAACAGGCCCAACAGCAGCGCUUGGAGCAGCAGCGCAAGGAGAAGGAGCAUGUCCUCAGUUUCAAGAAGCGUCGUCUGUCCAAGCAAAAGUCCAUGGAGCACAUCGAAAUUUGCACGCUACCCACGACACAAACCACAAGUUGCAGCCUCCAGCCAUCGCCAUCUGCUUCCGCAUCCGCUUCAGCAUCCGCCUCCGCGUCGACAUCCGCCUGCUCGCAAACCCACUCGAACAGCAGCUCCAGCAGUCCCAGCAAUAGCAGCAGUCAAACGGGAUUGGACGAACGGCUGGCCAGCAAUCCACUUCGCAUGUACGAGGAGUACUUGAUCCAACCCAGCUCCGAGGGCGAACCACCGGCGGACUAUCUCCGCCAAAUAGCCGUGGAGCACGGCAAGCUGGCCAAGUUGCAAAUGAGCCUCAAGUCGGCCAAGUACUGGCUACUGCAGUCCAUCCAGGAUCUCGAUGGUUAUGGCGAGGAGCUGUUCAGCGGAGUCACCACCAAUGAGAGUGCCACUCGUUGUGAUAUAGCAGUGGGCGCACAUGGCAUCACCGUCUGCCGAGGGGGUGAGAAACAGAGCAUCCCCUUUGGCGCCAUUGCUGCAGCCAAGUCACUGCGUCGCACUUUCAAGUUGGAGUACGUGGACGACCACAACGAUCGCAAGGAGCUGGAGAUCAAGCUGCCCAAGCAGCCAAUCGCCGCGGGAUUAUAUCGCUCCAUAACCGAGCGUCAUGCAUUCUAUGUCUGCGACAAGGUGCGCGGAGUGGUGACCAACCAGUUCACCCGGGAUCUCAAAGGAACCAUUGCCUCCAUGUUCAUGGAGAACACAGAGCUGGGCAAGCGCUAUGUCUUCGAUAUCCAGCAUACGUGUCGCGAGGUUCAUGACCAGGCGAGGAGGACACUCCAUGAACGAGGUGGCGAUCUGGUUGCAGAGGGGGCCGAAGGAUGCUCUGCUGUUGCUGGAGGAUUGGGCGCCACUGCUGGCGGCCAUCCCUUGGAUGCGGUGGCCGGAGUUAGCGGAAUGUCGACUGGUGCCGGCGGCUCCAUGGCCGGCAAGAUAGAUUUGGCCAUACGCGAGAAGGAGGCGCGUGAGGCGGCGAUUGAGCGCUGCGUGACCACGCGCAUCUCGGAAGCCAUGCAGUGCAAGAUCUGCAUGGACCGCGCCAUCAACACAGUGUUCAAUCCGUGCUGUCACGUCAUCGCCUGUGCCCAGUGUGCUGCGAGAUGCAGCAACUGUCCCAAUUGCCGGGUGAAGAUAACCAGCGUGGUCAAAAUCUAUCUGCCGCCGGAGCUGCGCACCAGCCAAGACGGCAGCGGCGCCACAACCACCAGCAGCAGCAACAUCAGUCAGGCGGAGGAGCAGCUGCAGCAACAGCUGGAAGAGAUCUCAGCGGCACCUGCCACCCUAGAAGCGGGAGCAGGUGUUGGGGCAGGAGCAGGAGCAGGAGCAGGAGCAACCGGACCUGGCGGACAGCCGAAGGUGACGACGGCCGCCUAGAAUUGGUUGUGCUCGCUGCUGUUCCGGCUGAUGGAAUGGGUGUGCGUGCCGAUUGUCUGAGAACCAACAUGAUCCACUAUUAUUCUAUGACCACAACAACCUAAAUGGGAACAAACACCAACUAAGCAUCAUGCAACAUGCAACGUGCAACAUGUGUGGGUUUUGAAAUGGAUUAAAAACGAGUAGUCACAGUCUGUCAACAAUCUUAGCUCUAUCUUUACUCAAGUAUUUUACCGACAUAAGCAACUGAAACUUUAACUGUAACUCUAACUCUAAUCUAGACCCUAGCAAUAUACACCACAGAUAUAUAUAUAUAUAGUAUAUAUAUAUAUAUAUUUACUAUUUAUAGAUGUACGAUGAUGACUUCGAGAAAGUGCUAUUUAAACUCGUCUAAGACUUCACUGCAUAGCCUAUGCCUAAAAUCUAUAACUGCAGAUUGUUUCAUAUUCAUAUACAACACUGUACUGUAUACACAUAGAUAUAUAUACAUAUAUAUAUAUUUACGAUCGUUAUAGAUCAGCGAUACCUUAUACGAUGUAGCCCUUGAAUGUACAACAUAGUUACUUACUAAAUGUUAGCAAUUUUACCAACUAAA